AUGGACUUCUUGUCCCGCCUGCUCGGCACAACUCCCAGCAAGGCCAACCCGAAAGGCCCAGGCAACGACCCGGAAGUUCGACUGGCCAAGUUCAAGCGUCUCUACCACACGGUAUUGAGCCUAUGCAAUCGCCCCAGGAAUCUCAGCACAGAAGGGCCACUUCUCGAGCAGCUCCAUGGCUGUCUGCAGCGCAUCGAUGCCAUCGUCCGAGAGGAGAGCAGGGCGCCUGCUCCGCAUCUGUCUUUGCAAUUUGCAGCUUCCAAUCGGAUAUAUACUGUAAUCGCUCGAGCGGCCACUGCAAGCCAGAAUGAAGCAGUUAUCCAAGCCAGCGUGUCCAUUCUGGCCGCACUGGUCGACAGCGAGGAGGAAGACUUUGUCUCCAACGUCAUCUUUGCUAAGAGCCUGAUGCGCUUGGUGACGCGGGUGGUAGACGGUGACUCUGACACUCUGCCGGUCAACAUCAGUACGGAGACGGCGAUUCUGGAGCUACUGUUCACCAUCGCGGCCAAGAUACGCCUGCAGCCGUAUCUUCUGCCAUCCUGGUUUCAUGCGAGUGCCAGACCAGAAUUGGACGACGACGCUCUUGGGGAGAAGCAGGACUUUGUGGGCUUCACGCAGAAGAAUGACUUUCCAUUGUGCUACUUGCUCGUCGACCGAGUACAUCGUGAAGGCCGCGUUGGUGACUUCGCACGCACUGGCCUGCUCUACAUCUUCGAAGCAACCGGCAGAUCACCAGAUCUUGAGGAAUGGAUUGUCUCAAGCGACCUUCCUACUCUCAUGGCCACUGGGUUGGGAGCUUUGUAUAGCCAGCUCAGUCGAGAAUUAAGCAUACUGCAUCCCGAUGCGACAUUGCCGGCUGUGCUCGCUAUGAGCGACUACAGCACGACACACCCUCGGGCAACAGCCGAAUCCGCCUUCUCAGAUCGCCACCGAGCCGAUAUGGCAACCUUCUUGUCAUACUUGACCUUCUGGCAAGAUGUGCUGGAUCACUGUCGGAGUGCAGACGUGAAGCGGACGCUUCUGGACCACUUUCAGAUCUUGUUCUUGCAACAACUGCUCUAUCCUUCUCUGCUGCAGUCUUCCGACAUUGACGCAGGUAGCUCGGUAGCGGUCUUGACCUACAUGAACGCCAUGCUGGAAUCUCUCGAACGACCAGACUUGAUCAGCAUGAUGCUGGAGUACCUGCUGGCAGUCAAAACCGGGUACUUGGCGGAGCUAGACCAGUCCGUGUCUUCGCUCGAGCCGCCAAGGUCACCAACAUCAAUGAGGAAAAGGCAGAGUCUGCUGACCCUCACUGCUUCUCAACACCCAGACGACGAAGUAGAGCCAGCGCUGUUCAGUCUGGUGGAUUUGAUCUUGAACAACGUACGAUCACCCAAUCCGCAAUCAGCUUUUGCGGCAUUGAAGCUGGCUACGACGAUACUGGCUCGCCAAAGAAAUCUCGCACUUGGUACAAUACUGAAAGUCGAGAAAGCUGACUACACAACGGCGAGAACGAUUGGCGCUCUGGAGGUGGAGACUGAGGAGUAUACCGAGCUUGCGACCUCUCUCCACAAUCAUUCUGGUCUGGAAGAUGCGUAUAUUGGCCUUGCUGAAGAUGCGCGCACUACUGUUGAGGCGCAGGUUCCUUUCCAAUCGCCGACCCUUCAAAGUCAAGGCCCAGGCGAUGUCGAGAUGUCUUCAAGUCUCUUCAUUCUCUCCCGGAAUGGAGCCUUCCUUCGGGCCUCGAUCGCCCUGCUACAGACAUUCUUCUCCAACAGUAUCGAUGUCAAUCUCGCCUUGACUCAGACAUUCAUCUCCAUCGCGGCUUGCACUGCCAUCCGCUUAGACCCCUGGCUUGCGCUCGAUCCCGCUCGUUACACUUUCGACACGGAUGAAGUGGAGCCACAACAGCGUCCAUGGGCAGCGGGUCUGGAAGUCGAAGAGCAAGCACACCACACCGCUCUGCAACAGUCAUCAAGACGCCCGGUGUGGCCUGAAAAGCAGCACCAGCCCACGCUCUACUCGAUCCUACAAGGCUUGCUGCAGGAGGUCAACAACAUACGCGUGAGCCAUCCAAAUCUGGACCACCUGAUCUCAGUUCGCAAGACC